AGGUACACCCAGUGUGUGGGUGGGAGCUUUUCUCCUGAGUGAUGAAGGACUGGCUGGAUUGUGGGUCAAAUAGUAAAAUAACAUUAAAAGGCUUUAAAUGGUAAGAGAGUCCAGCCUAUUGAUAUUUUAUGUGGCGCCAGCGUGAGAUACGGGUUGAAAAACGUACCUCGAAACUGGGAUGGGAUACGGGUUGAAAAACGUACCUCGAUACAGGGAUGGGAUAUGCCACUGCACUCCAAAUGUUACCUUCAUCCUCACUGCUCCACCGAGAAGAUUGAAAUACCGCUUAUUCCCCCCCCCCCGAAAAACGUCACUUUUCGUCCUCAUGCUAACUAGCAUUAUUCACAGCAGCCAUCAUGAAAUGACAUGUUUGUGUUGAACAACAAAAGAGCUGAUUGGCUAACGCAUUUCAAAAUGGCUGCGGUGGUUACCACAUGAGGAUAAAAAUGGCAGUUUUCCUGGAAAACAAGUAGUGUGAAUUUUUUAAAUAUUUUUAUUUAUUUAACCUUUAUUUAACUAGGCAAAUCAGUUAAAGAACAAAUUCUUAUUUUCAAUGACGGCCUAGGAACAGUGGGUUAACUGCCUUUGGAGUAUGGUGGCUUAUCCCAGUGCGUUACCCUUUCCAGCCCAUAUCUCACACUAGCUCAAUGGGGAGCUUAAUGUAACCAUGGUUGCAUUCUGACCCCAGUGCAGCUCUGUGUAAACAAGCGUAAUUAUAGGGUCGGCAUCUUCUGGCAAGUUCACAUCCAGACUCUCUCAUAGAUCGAUUAGUCGGCCUUUUAACCCCCCUCCAGGUCAAAGGUUAGAGUUCAACCUGCCCGCCUUCUGGAGGCAGGAGAAACAAGAUGGGAGAUCAACAAGACCUGUCUUAGUUAAUCUAACUUUUCCCACUGUUGAUUUCUACACAUUAAAAAAUAUAUACAAUUAGCUAGACAAAGCAAUCUAGCUCCCACGCCUUUUUAUGGUUGAUAUAUCAGCUACCAAAAGCGAGAUUUCACAGAUUAGCUGAUUGCUAACUGCCAUUAGACAGCUAGGCUAGGCUAAGCUAGCUUGUUUCUGUCUGGUCGGAGCGGGGUUAGACUGCUAAGCUAGGCUAGCUUGUUUCUGUCUGGUCGGAGCGUAGUGAGACCUGCCAUCAUGCAGGACCUGAUAGCCACCGUGGACCACAUCAAGUUUGAUCUAGAGAUAGCUGUGGAGCAGCAGCUGGGGGCUCAGCCUCUCCCUUUCCCCGGGAUGGACAAGUCCGGGGCUGCUGUGUGUGAGUUCUUCAUGAGAGCAGCCUGUCUCAAAGGUGGGAUGUGUCCGUUCCGUCACAUCAGUGGGGAGAAGACGGUGGUGUGUAAACAUUGGCUCAGAGGACUCUGUAAGAAGGGAGACCAGUGUGAGUUCCUACACGAGUACGACAUGACCAAGAUGCCCGAGUGUUACUUCUACUCCAAGUUCGGAGAGUGCAGUAACAAGGAGUGUCCGUUCCUCCACAUCGACCCAGAGUCUAAGAUCAAAGACUGUCCCUGGUAUGACAGAGGCUUCUGCAAACAUGGUCCAGACUGUAGACAUCGCCACACCAGAAGAGUAAUCUGUAUGAACUACUUGGUUGGUUUCUGUCCAGAGGGCCGGUCCUGUAAAUUCAUGCACCCGCGGUUUGAGCUGCCGAUGGGAGCCACAGAACAGCCUCCUCUACCAGCACAGAUACUGGGUCACCAGAAGCCGAUGCCUUCGCUUGGCCGCUCGUCCCUGUCACUCAUCCAGCUGACCAAUCCCGGGGGAGGUGCAGGUCCUCACCAGCAUCAACACCAUCAACGCCAGCCAUACUCCUCUGGUCCCAGCAUGCAUCAGCACCACAACAACAUGGGAGGAGGGAACAGGGGUCCACGCCCACUAGACCAGGUCACCUGCUACAAGUGUGGUGAGAAGGGCCACUAUGCCAAUAAAUGCACCAAAGGACACCUGGCCUUCCUCAGUGGACAGUAACUCUCUCACAACGCCGUGGUUGGACUCCGUUCAGCUGGAAGACAGCGGAGAGCAGAGCACAACGUCUGUAGAUUGAGAUGCUAUUUUGAAAACUUCCAAGUCCUUCGCUGAGUCGUCAGGAACCCUGGACCUCUGGACAGACAGACCUGUUUCUAGAUCGGACAGACAGACAGACCUGUUUCUAGAACGGACCGACAGACCUGUUUCUAGAACGGACCGACAGACCUGUUUCUAGAACGGACAGACAGACCUGUUUCUAGAACGGACAGACAGACCUGUUUCUAGAUCGGACCGACAGACCUGUUUCUAGAUCGGACAGACAGACCUGUUUCUAGAUCGGACAGACAGACCUGUUUCUAGAUCGGACAGACAGACCUGUUUCUAGAACGGACAGACAGACCUGUUUCUAGAACGGACAGACAGACCUGUUUCUAGAACGGACAGACAGACCUGUUUCUAGAUUGGACAGUGCUUCUGACGCUUUGAUCAAAUCCUUCUGUUGGAUUAACCUUUAACCCCGGGACACUUUUGGGACCCAAGCUGGGAUUGGUACUUCUAUCCAUACAAUUCUGUCAGAUUGCUUCAUGUGCUUCAGGGAGGGUAGAGGAAGUGUGUAACGGAGCCAACUGUGGUUUAUCUGAAGCCUUGAUUUUUGUUCAUCCAUGGACUCAAACGUUGAACGAUUCGACCCAGGUUUCGAUCAACAUAUUGGAACGAUAUCCGAUCUUCAGACCUUCUUGUAUGUGAGUGAAGAGACUAGUAUACAUUCUAACCAAGGGUCUGACCUGUUGUUCAUCCUGAAUACCCCAUUUUACUGGCUUCAGACUCAACCUUCAAUGAAUUGAAAUAGAACUCUUGAGCUGUGAUGUUGCUGUGUUGGAUCCUUUCACAGCUUUUUCCCCCCAGAGGAGGAGGAGGAGGAGGUGGUGAGAUCUGGUCUGACCGAUCUGUGUUGCCUUUUGUAGAUUACACACAAUUUCAGUAUGUUCUAGUUUUGUAAAAAUACAACAAACCUGUUCAGGUCAGUCUCUUGUUCCUCCUGGUCUAGUCUGUAAAAUACAAUAAACCUGUUGCUCCUGGUCUGUUAAAUACAAUAAACCUGUUCAGGUCA